UUCCCUGAAUCCAGAGACCAGAAAAAGUGAUUUGAGUGGUUUUGUUGUUUGAUAUUUUUGAGGAGGAAAAACCAGAAGAGGAUCAGAAUCUGAUCAUGUACGUGACUAGGCCUCUAUCUUUUUACAAAAAAUCUGCUGAAUCUCUGUCCUUGGGUCCUCCUGAAGGACCCCAUUCGGGGAUUCUGGUGAUUCAAGAUGACGAAGUGAGACCAUCUUGUUCUUCUUCGCCUUGUUUCGGAGAAUUCCAUCAGCUCAAGGUGCUCCCUUUUCCUCAGAAUCGCAACAUUGAGUUGUUUUACAGAUCGGGGAUUUCUCUGAGCAGAGCCACCCAUUAUCGCCACGUGGCCUUCAUCCCAGUUCUUGACAAGCCAUUGUCUUCCAAUCUCUACUAUGUCAUUCAGCUAAAUGAGAGGCAUAGAGGGGAUGCAUUUACCAGCAUAGAAGAGGAAGACUUGGAGACCUUCUGUUUCUACAAUUCUGUACCAGUUGAACCUCAUUGCCAACUAGAUAUCAGUAACGAACACCAAGUGUUUGAGGUAUUUCCCAGGAGAAGCAAGAUUACUUUCAGGAAAGGUUUCUCAGCUAAGCCUGUUGCUCCGCACACAUUUGCUCCAAAGUUUCUGAGUGCGAGGUGGAGAGUGAAAGUCAGUGAUUCAGUUGAUUCAAGUUUAGGAGAAGCAGCCGGAGUAGAUAACGCCCUUCGUGCUCGCCUGCCGGAAUUCAACUUCUCCAUGGCAAACACAAAUCCAGAAGCUGUUGUUGUGGGAAAAUGGUACUGCCCCUUGAUGUUCAUCAAAGAAGGAACACACAGAACAUUGAGAGAUGAAAUGAGAAGAUCAUUGUUCUAUGAGAUGACUCUACAACAAAGAUGGGAACGAGUUUUUUCGCUCGAGAAUGAUCGUGGAACCGAAAACAGGACCGUCACUGUGGAUGUUGUAGUUCAGAAGGAAAAGGUUGUAGUUGUAGAAAGGGAAGUUGAAACUGAAGAGAUAGAAGUUGAAGGUGUGAAGUGGUUCAAGAGUUGUAAUAACAUUGGAGAAGAGAGCAGCGUAGGAUUGAGUACGGCAAUAAUUGAAAGAAUGAAAUGGGAACAAGUAAGGUUGGGGUGGGUUGAAGGGAAAGAAAAGAAAGUUAGGAUUCAGAAAACAGAAGAGUUCAAAGGGACAGGUAAGUGGAAGAGAUUUGGAUGUUAUGUUCUUGUUGAAAGUUUUGUGCUUAAAAGAUUGGAUGGAAGCUUAGUACUUACCUAUGAUUUCAAGCACCACCAUCAGGUUAGAAGUAAAUGGGAAUGAAGAAAUGGAUGAUUUCUGUUUCUGACAUUGUUGCAGACCGGACCAGCUUCACUUUCUUUCUUAUUAUCAAGUGUAGAUUAACAAAAGAAGUUUUGAAGAAGGCCUAAUGUUGUAUACCACAUGCAUUCAGUUUUGUUUGUGCUGCUGUUGAUGAUG